AAUAUAAAUUACGUAGAUGUAGCUGGACUUCCCACCAUCCCCCUCUGUCUCUCUCUCCCUAACUAUUUCAUCUCUACAAGCCUCUGAAAUUGGGGGGUGGAAUAAUGGAAAGCGAGAUCUUCCAUCCUUUCUCUUCUCCUUGUCCUCUCCGAUGUUCCCCACCAGGGAAGAAGAAAACCUAAUCUCACUCUCUCCCUCUUGCAACCUUCACCACUCUUGUGGCUUCUUCUUCUCCUUCUCCUCUUUCCACUACCCGCAAACCUUCUCCUUCUUCUAUCGCUUAAGUAUCUGCAGCACUGCUACCACCCUCAUGGAAACGAUCGGACGGCGGCAGUCCCUCGGUGAAUCAAUAUAACAUGAUGGUCCCGGCACGUAACCUUCUCCGGCAACACUACGACAGCUAUGGUGGCCAUCUCGACGACAUCCAAUCGGAAUUCCACCAUGAAAAGGCUUCAUCAGUACCUGGCCUAAUGGCUGAGGAGAUUCCUCGGGGCAGCGGUGGCGGUGAUGAGGAGGAGGAAGGAGGGGAUAGGCGGACUAGCUCGAAACAAGGAGAUGAGAACUCCCAAGGGUGGCUCCGAUUAGGCAUCGGUACCUGCCCGUCUGGUGGUUCAGGGCUCCAUGAUGGCGCCCCAGUAGACCCGAUGAGCAAAAGUAGCAUACGCAGAAGUAGGGGUGGGCUGCCGGAGCUCAACUUGUUCUCUGAUAGGUUACCCGGUCCACUGCAGCCCCGAUUGCCAGCUGCCGGUGCUCCGACGAUGGCGCCAUUGUUUCCGGGAUCAGCGGGGCGGGAGGUCUCGAUGGAGUGUAGGAGUGUCCGUGCCAUGGCGAGUAGUUCCUCAAAGCCGCUGCCAAUGUUAACAAGCUAUAAUUGGGGGCAAUUCAUGUGCCCAUCAGGGAGCCUCAGCCUCUCGGUGGAGAUGGGCGGCGUGAUGAAGGUGGUUAGCCCGCCGCCGAGGCGGCAGACCGGGGUGUGGUUCGUGCUCCAGCCGGCGCAAAAUCAGGAAAAAGAACCAUUUUUGCCUCAGAUAUCCAAGAGCUACCUGAGGAUCAAGGACGGGAGGAUGACAGUUAGGUUGUUGAUGAAAUACUUGGCCGAUAAGCUUGGACUGGAUGAUGAAACCCAGGUAGUGAUUACAUGUAGAGGCCACCAGCUUCCUCCCUCAUUGACAGUGCAAUAUGUUCGGGACCAAAUAUGGAGUUCGAGGGAGGCAGUAGAAUUGCUUCCUGACUCGCCCAGCACUGAACAUAUCAUGACCCUUCGAUACAACAGAAGUUGCUAAUUGCAUCCCUCAGGCAGCACUCAUCACUCCAAUGGAGAUUUUUGAUCUUCGAAUCCUUUGCCUCGCCGCUGGUCCGGUCCCUCUUCUUCGCCUAACUUAUCUGAACAAAGGAGCUUGGAGAUACCAACUCUAGGUUAAAACAAGGUACAAGAAAUUAUAAAGAAUUAUAAAAUUAAGUGUAGAUUGUGCAUUUCCAUGUCCACAGGGCUUUCCUAUCUAAUUAACUAAUUUCAGAUCCUCCUGUUAUUUUUUUUCUUUUGUUAUUACUUUGCUCGGAAGUAUUACUUCUGUUGGCCAGCUUUAUUUUGCUUGCUUUCCUAUGGCCUUGCAUGAGCUUUAAACCAUUGAAGUAGAAAGAGAAAGAAAGCAGGAACAUGGCCAAUUACAUAAUUAAAAGCUAGCAGUGACAAAAAUAAUCAGUAGGACCCAAGAAAACAAAAGAAUCUGAAGGGAGACCAGGGCUCAGACAGCAACUGCUUUGCUCAGUAAUAAAACAACUUAAUUCACUUCCAAGGACACUGGCUUAAAGAGCGACUGCUUUGGUCACUGAUAAAAGUAUUUAAUUCACUUGUGUGCAAAGCAAUGACUUGCUGCCCAACGUGCUUAACAUCAGUUACGGAUCCUUGAAUACUCAUCCCAGGCAGUCAUAAAAGAUGUUGCAGCAUCUAGAGUAUGCGAGCCACAGUUGAGGUUUGUGUAAUUGUGUCUAUAGCAGAUGAUAUGCAAGAAACAGAUGAGGUUUACUGUCAUCAACAGUAAUGUCAAUUGCUUUUGUUCAGUCGCCAACACAGCAUCCAAGCUGAAAAAAGAAACCAUUCACACAUACAAUAUAACAAGCAGAUGCUGAUGCACAGCUAGCAGCAGCGGG